ACGUGAAAUUCAUAUAGUUUUUCUGGAAAUCUCGUUGGUGUCUUCUUAGCAAUUUUGUGAACAAAUCAAAGUCGGUCAGCGGCAUUAGCUUAGCUAAAACAAGUGCUGAAAAUUAUUCUAUACAUCCUUCACAUAAAGAUAUACUAUGUGUCCAAGGGCAUGGCGUUAAAAGACGUAUGCUAACAAUAGCUCCAGUCAAGGACCACGGAAAAGUUCCUUAGAUUCAGAAACCAGCUUCAGUGUACGUCAUGUUUCGGUGGAAUCAAGAAGAAAUUCCGUGGACUCACAGCUUUCGGUGAAAAUAGAUGAAAUGAAAACCAAAGUAGCCGCUCGUACAAGCAAACGUCAAAGUGGUCACCACAAUCAUAGCAAACGUUCAUCGAAUAUUAGCAAACGUAAUCAAAAACGAAAAGAUUUUGUAGCCACUUCGGAACGCAAAACCCGAGGUCGUCGCGAAAGUAGCACUUCCCUGGAAUCGCAGGUAAUAGCGUUAAAAAAAACUAUUUACGCGAGUACUAGUCAGAAAGUCGGAGUAUUUACCAAAAGCAGCACCAAACGCACGGCAGAGGUAACAGUAAACGCAGGCCUGGAAAUACCAAUACCACAGACAUUGAUGAGUUUUUGACCCAAAAUAGCCAAUGGAUCUUACCCCUUCACGAAACAGAAACAGAUGCCAAUAGGUCUAAUGAAGCUCUACAAAUUGAGGAAAUUUAUGAAGCCGAAGCAAAUAAUCUACACAAAAAACCCACGACAGUCGGGGAAUCAAUAGAAUUGCAAAAAUCUGAUGAGCAUUCAAUCGAGAAAAUCUCCAUCUAAUGCAGCUUGUUCCUACACUAAGAAACGCAACCUCAGACGUCAACGUAACGUUAGUAAAUACAAAACUUUAUUGAAAGUUAACGAUGACAAAGCUUUAUUGAAAAUGUCCGACUUGAAUUUGAAUUUACAACGUCAUCUCAGUUACGGUGCCAAUGGUGACAGUAUUAAUAUGAGUCAAUCGUAUUCGGAAGUAAAUUUACCUCUCGAUGUUAUG